AUGGCUGAAGGGGAGGCUAAAGGAGAUAAAGCCAAGGCGAAGGAUGAGCCACAGAGAAGAUCUGCAAGGUUAUCUGCUAAACCUGCUCCUCCAAAGCCAGAGCCCAAGCCUAAAAAGGCCCCUGCAAAGAAGGGGGAGAAGGUACCCAAAGGGAAAAAGGGGAAAGCUGAUGCUGGCAAGGAUGGAAAUAACCCUGCAGAAAAUGGAGAGGCCCAAACAGACCAGGCACAGAAAGCUGAAGGUGCUGGAGAUGCCAAGUGAAGUGUGUGCAUUUUUUAUAACUGUGUGCUUCUGGUGACUGUACAGUUUGAAAUACUAUUUUUUACCAAGUUUUAUAAAAAUGCAGAAUUUUGUUUUUCUUUUUUUUUUUUUAAGCUAUGUUGUUAGCACACGGAACACUUCAUUGUUGUUUUGGGGGA